AUGAAGUUUCUCGAAUACCCUCAACUCGAGCUCCUCUCGAGAGCGCUCACCUUUGAGUCAGCAGAGUGCAAGGUCUUUACUCGCAUGGAGGCCUACUCCUGCAAGACUGUAUCCAAGGAGAAGCGUCUCUUCAAGAGCCUCGAGUCUUCCUACCUCCGCUCCGCUUCCACCUCUCCGCCUGACUAUCUCGAAGCAGCACUCGCUUCUCCCUUCGGCCCUCUCGACCAAGCUUCGGCUCGAAAGACCCUCUUCUUGCUCAUCGCAACUCUCAAUGUCGCCUUCCCCGACCAUGAUUUCAGCCAAGUCAACCCGGCCGACUUCCGCAAAGAGACCAGCUCCGCAAUGGUUCUCAACUCGCUCAGUACUACUUUGCUCAGCUUGAAAACCUCGUCCAAUGCGCCGCGCUCUUACAGUUCUUUCCCAGGCUCGUUCGAGGAGCCUAGCUUUGCAAUUGGAUCGACUGGCGAGUCUCCUGGCUCAGCUGGCCCAACAGCCUCACUCCCUCCUCUGAUCACCCAUCCAGCACUUUCGCAUAUCCUCGACGACAUCAUGGACGUCUCCGACUGCCAAGUCUAUACCUUCCAUCCCGACAUGGACUCGGACCCGCAUGCGAGCGCCGAGCCCGAAGAGGAAGGCGAUCUCGCUGACGAUGACCCUUACCAUGACGAAGAGUACUGGGACGAUGACCGCGCCGGAAUGCGAGGCCGUGAAGACACACCCCGUGCUCGGGCACACACUGCCGAUGAUCAAGACGAGGAGAUGGUGGAUGCACCCAUGUUUGACGAAGAUGUCUAUGGUCAAGGUCUCAGCGGAGGCCACGCACCAACUCACAGCAUCGCAACUAUCGGUCCAGAUGGCCAAAUGGUUCUGUCUCGUCCUGAUUUCGACGCCAGGAGGACGCCAUCCAUGGAGAGCUCAAGCCUCACUUCCUAUUCGUCAUACCACGACUCGAACUUCAACGACGAGGAGGAUGACCUUGAUGGCACCGGUGCUGGUCUGCUUUGGUCCACAUUCGCCUUCUUCUACAACCGCAAGAUGAAGCGUAUCCUCUUUGUCUCGGUUUGGAGCCGAAAGAAUGCUCGCUUCGGCAUGCCAACCUCUUCAUGGGCGUAUGCGCAACCACCACCCGUCCUCAGCGCUUCCCUCGGCUCACCACAAGCCAACUACCGCCGCGUCACUUCUCGACCUUCUACAGGACGACAACGUUCGACGUCCAAUGCUAAGAAACAGGCGUCCUUAGCUCCGACAGCCGCUGCUGCGACCACGCUCGCCAAACGCGCUAUUACCAGAACCGACUCUACUGGCUCUCUCAAACGAGCUGGUCGACCAGGCCACAUCCGCGCACAAUCUGGCAGUCCCGCUCCUUCGGCCAUGUCUCCUUUCCCACAUGCAUCGCCUCGUGCAAUCCGAACAGCAGACCCGAUGGAGAACAUCCUUGUCCUGGACGGUAGAAGGAACAUCAAUUCUCUCGACGCGGCCUUGUUAAGCGCCAGUGCUCCUGCUGCAGCCGCAAGUGCGUCUAUCAAAGCCGCUAAGCGCGGGACACCAACUUCGAUGCGCAGCAAGAGGUCUUCUGACACCGCGAGUGGUCUCGAUGGCAAGCGGGUCAAGAAGCAGUCUGCCUAG